UCAAAGUCAAUUCAUUACAGGAUAUGGAGCACCCUGGAUAGAAGUAGAAGAGCUUCUUAAAUCAGAGAGAAACUUCCAAGUUUCCCAAAGAAAAUGGGCACCAAGGGAAAAAUUAUUAAAUGCAAAGCAGCUAUCGCCUGGGAAGCAAACAAGCCCCUCAGCAUUGAAGAGGUUGAGGUAGCUCCCCCCAAGGAUCAUGAAGUUCGAAUCCAGAUAAUUGCCACCGCCCUGUGCCAUUCUGAUGCCCAUAUCCUCCAUCCUCAAUUUGAAGGGGGGUUUUUCCCAGUGAUCCUUGGCCAUGAGGCUGCAGGAAUUGUGGAAAGUGUUGGGCCAGGAGUGACCAACUUCAAACCAGGUGACAAAGUAAUUCCACUCUACGCACCUCAGUGUGGAAAAUGCAAGUUCUGUCUGAGUCCACGCACAAAUUUUUGUGGAAAACUCAAGCAUUUUAAAAAUCCUUUGGGUGAUCAAAAAUUAAUGGAAGAUGGAACUAGCAGGUUUACCUGCAAAGGAAGACCAAUUUACCAUUUCAUGGGGACCAGUACCUUCAGUCAAUACACUGUGGUCUCAGAUGUCAACCUUGCCAAACUAGAUGACGAUGCCAAUUUAGAGAGAGUUUGUCUGCUUGGAUGUGCAUUUUCAACUGGCUAUGGAGCUGUCAUCAACAAUGCCAAGGUCACACCUGGUUCUACCUGUGCCAUCUUUGGCCUAGGAGGUGUCGGUCUCUCUGCUGUAAUGGGUUGUAAAGCAUCAGGAGCUUCCCGAAUCAUAGUUAUUGACAUCAAUAGUGAGAAGUUUACAAAGGCGAAAGCCCUUGGAGCCACUGACUGUCUCAAUCCUAAAGACCUAGACAAACCCAUUCAAGAGGUCAUCGUUGAAAUGACCAAUGGAGGUGUGGAUUUUGCCUUUGAGUGUGUAGGAGGAGCUAAAAUCAUGAGAGCAGCCCUGGACAGUGUAACAGUAGGCUGGGGAGUAUGCACUAUCAUUGGAGUAAACGUUGGUGACAAUGGAUUGAAUGUUUCUGCAGUGGAGCUAUUAAUGGGCCGUACUCUAACUGGAACAAGCUUUGGUGGUUGGAAAGGUGUCACUUCUGUUCCAAAGCUGGCUGCUGACUACAAGAAUAAGAAAUUGGAUUUGGAUGCAUUGGUAUCCCAUACCCUACCUUUUGACAAAGUCAAUGAGGCAUUUGACCUAAUGUACCGAGGAAAAAGCAUUCGGACAGUCCUGCUCUUUUGACAACACCAGGAACAAUUUGGAAUACUAGCUGACUAAAUCUGAAUCUGUCUGGUUAAUCCAUUCCUGAUAUGAUGAAUAAUGAUAGCCAUGAGUUUAAACACAUAUUUGCAGUUAACACCUAAUAUUAAAUAGCUAUAAAGAUUAUAGCAUUUGCAUCUAUAAAAUAUAUCAAUAUCUCCUAUGUUAAAUAACUAUGAUUGUUGAUAUGUUUAUGAAUAGUCAUAUGAUGUUUGGGCAUUGUUUAAAACUAGUUCUGGAGAGCUGGAAGUGGGGAAUAAAGGGGUCAUAAAUAAAACUAGAUUGUCUAUAUGUUUAUAAUUUUUUAGGUGGGGUGAUAAAUAUAUGGGGUUUCAUUAUACUGCUCUCUCUACUGUUGUAUAUGUUUAAGUUUUUCCAUAAUAAAAAGCUUUUUACCAGAAAAAAAUCA